AUUGUGCAUGCUGGUCACUACUGGAUUCCUUCUCAGAAAGGCACUGACAGGUAGGCAGGCAGGAAAGAAAACAAUCAGCAGCCCCGAGCCAGCCAGCCAGCGGAGUAAGUAAAUAGCGAAGAAAGAAAGAGAAAAUAGUGAACAAAGAAGAAGAAGAAACCACUAUCCCUUUUCUAUCUUCCCUUACACAAAUAGGAAAGAAUCCUUAACCUUACAUAUCAUUUCCCUUCCCUUCCCUUAAUUAACUAACUUUCUUUCUUUUCCACACGAUUCCCGCCAACACUAAACCCCACACAUUUAUUUCAUCUCUUUCCUUUUCUCAAAUUAUAUUAUUCUAUUCAUUCAUCCAUUUCCAAUUUUUUGAUUUUGUUUCCUCAAUUCAACUAACAACCAUGGACGAGUUUGGUGUAUUAACCGAACGAUUCGGAUUGAAACCUCAAGGUAAAUCCGCUCCAAUGGCUUCCACUAAACGAUCAUCGCCAAAAACUACUUCCGUUUCUCCCCAAAACGGAGGAUCCAGAUCUCCCCAACAUUCACCUUUCCAAUUCGAUUACGGCGUUUUCGCUACCGCCAAUAACAAAACGCCCACGACUUCAGGGGAUUUUUCCGAUGGCAUUGACCAGAUCUUCGCUGCUGGAAUUCCUAAAUCCAAUUCAAUUCAGAACGAUCCCAUUUUCGGUGGCUUCAGUCAAUCGGUUUCACCCUCGUCGCAGGUUUAUGUAGAUGAUAUAUUCGGUGGUGUCAAUGAAAAAACUGUCGGUGUUGAUGAUUUACUUGGUAAGAUUGGGGGUUUGCAUGCAACAAAUGGUAAAAGUUCGAUGCAGCAAAAAUCGCCUGAUUUUGAUGACUUGAUGGCUGGGUUUGCUGGUAACACCAUUUCCAAUAAUGGGAAAGCAAGCAUUGAGACGAAGAAUGCCCAGAAACCAACCGCGGCAUCUCACAAUGAUCCAUUUCUAGUAUUUGAAACAUCUUCAAGCACAGCAUCUUCAGAAUCAUUCCUGGACUCAUUAGAGCAAAUGAGUAAGAAUAGUUCUAAAAGUCCAAGUGGCAGCUCCAGUCCCUCCCCAUUAUUGAGACCUCCACCGAAGUCAGGGAGUGCAAUUAGCAACUCGCGUAUGUCAUCAAUAGAUGAGCUUGAGAACUUUGCCAUGGGGCAGGUGCAGAGUAAUGCUACUAGAAAGGCAAAUACCAACACUGGUGAGAUUAAGCAAAACUCAGCGGCUAAGACAAACAAAGAUAAAGGAGCUCCAGCUACAAGAGUGAAUCAAUUAAAUGGUGCGGAUGAUCUUGAAUCCUUUUUCAGCGCGGGCUUUCGAUCAAACAGUGUACCAAAGUCAAGGACUGCAACUAUGGAUCAUAUGUUUGAUCGCCAAGUAAACAAUAAUGGAAAACAUGAAGGGUCACAAAGUGUGCCGUCGGGAUCCCAAGCCAACGCGAAGAAAUCUUCACCCGCAACAUCUUUUGAUGAUUUGUCAUUGAUGUUUGGUGCUUCCCCGUCAUCUGAAUUCGAGGAAGUGGAAGGUGAAACUGAAGAAAGGAGAAGAGCAAGAUUGGGACGUCAUCAGAGAACACAAGAGAGAGCGUUGAAAGCAGUGGCUGAUAUGAACCAGCGUGACCUUCAAUCUAAGAUGGAGCAAGAAGAGAGACGUCGAAUAGCCGACAGUGUUGACAUUCAGAUAAAGAGGUGGGCUGCAGGGAAAGAAGGCAAUAUGCGGGCAUUGCUGUCAUCAUUGCAAAAUGUUCUUUCGCCAGAUUAUGGGUGGCAACCAGUAUCUCUGACAGAUAUGAUCACUUCAGCUUCUGUGAAAAAAGUGUAUAGAAAAGCGACAUUAUGUCUUCACCCAGAUAAAGUCCAGCAGAAAGGUGCUAAUCUUGAACAGAAAUAUACCGCAGAGAAGGUUUUUGACAUCCUUAAGGAAGCUUGGACCAAGUUCAAUGCGGAAGAGCUUUCCUAAAUCGAUCUCUUGAGGUCUUUACGAGUCAAUGGAUCCAUCAACGACGUGCACGGUUUCACUUUGUGCAGUUGAAGUUUAUUACUCUGCAUAUAUAUGGUGUCAUUUGGUGGCAGAUUCUUUGUCCUAGCGAUGUUGAAUGCUGUAAUGUAAGUUAUCAUCGUACAGUAUUUUUUUGGUUUCAAUAUCAUGGUACAGUACGUUUGUAAGUAUUAAUUUACAAAUUUAAAAUGCUCCUAACAGUUUAGACACACCUACUUAUAUUUCAGUCAGCCCGCUCAAACUGUGAAGACAGGCUUAUAUAUUUAGAAAUUUUUUUGACAGGA